AUGUACAGCAGUGGUGUGCUCCCGAGCAGCCCGACCGGGGGAUGUUAUUACUACUAUCCGGACGGGAAUACUAAUAAUAAUAGCAACAAUGCUCAUCACCAGCAUGGCAUCGCUCAUCACCAGAAUCACCAACAGCCCGAGGGUGGUGCAGUAGGAAGGACUUAUUACCAAUCUCACGGCACCGCACCCCUCCAGCAAAGGACUAUGAAUACUGACGACUUAGGUCCGGAUUUGCAGUUUAUAGGGAAUGACGUCCCGUUUUAUGAGAUUGAUGCCGGCAAGAAGGAAAUGCACUACGCAGACUUGCAACCCCUCCACAGUCAAGAGGCCCAUCAGAUCAGUAACGCAGCGAUGUUCGAUCUCAUCACAUUCCCCACCAACAACACCGACAUUUCAGAUCCAUGGGAGGCUACCCGUCCCUACCUAUUGAAGCACCCGAGCGAGUGGAACACAGAUGAAGUCCUAGACUGGAUGCUCAGUUGGUCCAGGCAGACUGGCGUGGACUUGUUAGACGUGAACAUGCGCGAGCUGAAUGGACGGAACGGACAGAACUUGUGUAGCCUAACAGAAGGCGACUUCUACCAAAUCGACAAUGCAUACGGUCCAUCGCUCUGGCAGAGCUUGCAAAACGAAAUUGCAAACCACUAUCAGUUAAACCCCAUCCUCAACAUAUCCAACUCCAACACACAACUCCCGGGUUUCAAUAUGUUGUCCAACAACACCUACCUACCGCUCAUGGUUGGAUCCGAAAUACAAGGGAGCAGCCCAUAUUCCAGUCACGAUUCGGACCGGGAAGACCGAGAGAGCACCAGCAGUAGUAUGAGCACUGCGAACGAGAAAUCUGCCCUCAGUUCAGUCAACACCUACAUCACCUCUUCCUUAUGCGCAGAGAUCUUGGACGAUAAGAAGCCUGGCAGAAGAGGUAGGCCCCCCAAAACGGAAGCCAGAUCUUCCAGAAGUCGACAAGGGAAGGGCAACGGCAAGUUGUGGGAGUUCAUCCGGGAUCUUCUGCUCGAUCCGGCCACCAAUCCUAGUCUGAUUCGCUGGGAGCGGCUGGACGAGGGCAUCUUCAAGUUUGUCCAGUCCGACCGAGUGGCCAAGAUGUGGGGCGACAGGAAGCAAAACCCAAGAAUGACGUACGAGAAGCUCAGCCGAGCCAUGCGCACGUACUAUAGCAGCGGCAUACUGUCUCCUGUGCCUAAAACGGAGGGCCUCCCGAAAAAACUGAUCUACAAAUUUGGGCCUAAGGCGAACGGAUGGUCACGCGACUCGCAACUCUCCUUUCGGUGAUUGGUACUACUACAAGAGCCAAGUGUUGCUCCCAGUGUUCGGAAGAAGGUUGGUCUACAAAUUCGGGCCCAACGCAACAGGUUGGAGACACGGGUCUGGAUAUCACUGAGCGACUCCCUCCAUACAGUCAUUGCCCACAU